UCCUACUUGUCUUUCUCAAAACACUUUUUCUUCUUCUUCUUCUUCUUCUUCUCCACACUACUCUAUUUAAACCCAUUAAACCCCAUCUUCUUCUUCCCAUCAAUCUCUGCAAAAAAACUCGAGAGCGACUCUGCAACCAACUAAGUGUUGUAGUAUCCUGCAACUAUGAGUCGCCAAGCUGCUGAUUCCGAACCUAAGAAUGCUGAUCUCGAUAACUGGCUACCCAUCACUGCAUCAAGAAAGGCCAAGUGGUGGUACUCUGCUUUCCACAAUGUCACUGCCAUGGUUGGCGCUGGUGUCCUCGGUUUACCCUUCGCCAUGUCUCAGCUCGGCUGGGGUCCUGGAGUAUUUGCAAUCUUAAUGUCAUGGCUGAUAACAUUUUACUCGCUAUGGCAACUGGUGAACAUGCACGAAACAGUCCCUGGAAAACGUUUCGAUCGAUAUCCCGAACUGGGUGAAUAUGCAUUUGGACCAAAGUUGGGAUAUUGGAUCAUCAUGCCCCAACAAAUGCUAGUCCAAGUUGCCUCCGACAUAGUUUACAUGGUCACCGGAGGAAAAUCUUUAGUGAAAUGUGUCGAGUUAUUCUUCCCACAAUUUCACUACAUUCGACAAACCUAUUACAUCCUCUUCUUCGGAGGGAUCCAGUUUCUUUCUCAGUGUCCCAACUUUAACUCCCUCAAAGUCGUCUCCCUCCUCGCCACCAUCAUGUCUUUUGGAUAUUGCAUGUUGGCAUGUGUGGCAUCGACGAUAAAAGGAAUCCGGCACGGCCAUCCGUCGGACCACAGUGUCCGAUCACACACGACGGCCGGCAUGGUUUUCGAUGCACUGAAUGGUAUUGGGACGAUAGCUUUUGCAUUUGCAGGGCACAGUGUAGCACUUGAGAUUCAGGCGACCAUCCCUUCGACGCCGGAGGUUCCGUCGAAGAAACCAAUGUGGCUGGGCGUGAUGGUGGCGUAUGCCAUCGUCAUUGCCUGUUAUAUCUCUGUCGCAGUGUCGGGAUUCUGGGCUUUUGGUCACGGUGUAGAAGAUGAUGUUCUUAUUUCUCUUGGACACCCUUUUUGUCUCAUUGCUUUCGGGAAUUUCAUGGUGUUUAUCCACGUCAUUGGAAGUUAUCAGGUUUUUGCUAUGCCAGUGUUCGACUUUGUCGAAUCAAACUUGGUAAAAAAGUUGCACGUCAAACCAGGAUUACCUCUUCGCAUCAUUGCUCGUAGUACAUACGUCGCAUUGACGGCGUUCGUUGGCAUCUGCAUCUCAUUUUUUGGAGGACUUCUCGGAUUUUUUGGAGGACUUGUUUUUGCAUCAACUUCCUACUUUAUUCCUUGUGUCUUGUGGCUUAUCAUCAAUCGACCAAAAUUAUUUUCUCCUCACUGGUUCGCAUCUUGGAUUGCUGUUAUUAUUGGUGUUCUGAUAGCUCUGCUUGCACCCAUUGGAGGAGCCAGACAAAUUAUUCUCCAAGCAAAAACCUACAAGUUAUUUUCAUAUUCAGAGUGUAAAUAAGUUAGGCUUCAUUUAGUACA